CACGAUCGAGCUGUCGGAUUCCUCUAAUUUUCUGGGCGCAGCCUAGCUGACACCCGCGGAGAGAUGUCCGGUCUGCCCGCAGAGAGCAGGGCCCCACAGCCGGGCGAGGCGAAUGGCGGCAGCGACGUCCCGCCAGCGGAGGUAGGCGACGGGAAGCUGGAGCCGGCCCCGGCUCAGCCGGAGGAGGCCAGGAAAGGCCCGAUGGCGGCGGCCAGGGGAGCCGGGUUGGCAGAGGUCGCCCGGUUGUUGGAGGCUGCGGAGGGAGAGGGUCCUGGGAGCAACCCCAGGCCCAGCAACGACCGAGGCUGGCUGCACUGCCGUAUCUUCGCCUCCGUCAUCAGCUUAUUGUCUUGGGAAUUAAUUCCCAGCAUUUCAUCCGCCGCUAUCUGGAAAACUACCCCGUUGCCCCGGGCAGAAUAGAGGCGCUUGAAGGACGCCGCAGGCAAUUGAUGGAAGCCCGCAGAGCUAGGGAAGCAGCGUUUGAUGCCGAAUAUCAGCGGAAUCCUUAGGAGAUGGAUUUUGAUAGUUUAACAGUUUCCAUAUCUCUGACUGCAUCUGAAGUUAUCUAUCCUCUGAUAGAAGCACUUGGUUGUGAUGAGAUUAUCAAUAGAGAAUAGUUAGGUGAGAACUUCAAGAGAACUUCUGCAUUCAGGACAGUCUUAUGACAAUCCAGUAAGUUGAUAUUUUAAAAACCGAAGUAUAUAAGAGUAAGGCAUUGCUCAGCUGACAACAGAAGCAUAGGAAACAUCGUCAAAAAGCUUAUUGUUUAUAAAAUUGACUUUAAAAAAAUUCGAAACAAUAAAGCUUAUUAAAAAAAUCAGACAAGAAAUGGAAAAAAAAGUAAAAAAGUGUUAUAAGACUUCUCUAUUACUCUGUGACUUUGUGACUGAACCACCCUGCAUUAUGGAAAAUGUCUUUCAAAAUUGCUUUACCAAAAAGUAAAGGCUACUUUGGUAAAAUUGAGACUUGAAGAAAAAUUGCCAAUACUAGACCCCAUUUGAUGAAGGAAAUUAUCAAACAACAAUAAUAAGCAUAAGGAGUUGUCACUGAAUUAUUAGGACUGGAAGGCUCUGGAACGAACUUGAAAU